AUGGAGAAAGCCUACGAAAAUGUUAAUUGGGCCGUUAUUGAUUAUACGCUCAUGAGGCUCGGAUUCAGUAUUAGAUCGAGGAAAUGGAUCAUCACUUGCAUUAAAUCGGUGUCAUAUGCAGUCAUCCUCAACAGUGGCCCAUUCAAGUUUUUUCAUCCCUCAAAGGGUUUGAGACAAGGUGAUCCCCUUUUGCCUUUCCUGUUCAUCAUAAUGAUGGAAGCCCUUAACAGAAUGAUCGCAAAGGUCAGAGGGCACAAUCUGUUUCAGGGGCUGUUGGUGGGAAAAGGUAACCGCAGGGAAGAGAUAGCACACUUAUUUUUUGCAGAUGAUGUUCUGUUAUUCUGUGAACUUGAUCUGAAAACUCUAAUGAACAUUAGAUGUAUUUUAAUGGGGUUUCAAGCGGUCUCUGGUUUAAAGAUUAAUUUGUCCAAGUCAAAAUUUGUUGGGUUAGGUGAAGCGGAGGAUAAAGAUCGUGGGACUUGGGAGCCGAUGAUCAGUAGAGUUAAAAGAAGGUUAGCUGGUUGGAAGAAGAGCCUUCUAUCAAAAGGGAGCCGACUCACACUUGUGAAGAGCACCUUGAACAACUUGCCAAUCUGUUAUCUCUCCUUAUUGUCUAUCCCAUGUAGUGUGGCUAAGAGAUUGGAGUCUUUUCAAAGUAAUUUUCUGUGGGGGGAUAAGGACGAUGACAGGAAAUUUCACCUAGUUGCAUGGAAUGAGUUGAAAAAUCCCAUGCAGAGUGGCGGCCUUGGGAUUCGGUCUUUGCUGGAGAUGAAUAACGCUUUUCAAGGGAAAUGGUUAUGUCGUUACAUCACUGAGGAGCACGCUUUGUGGAGGAGAGCUAUGGCCUCAAAGUAUGGUCUCGAUGAGAUGAGUUGGGUGUCAUGUGGUAAUCUUAGAUUCCACAGAAAAGGCCUAUGGAAAAGCAUAUGGGAUGGAAAAGAUAAUUUUGUUAAACAGAUUAGAUGGAAAGUGGGGUGUGGGGACAGGAUCAGAUUCUGGGAAGAUGAUUGGCAGAAGAAAUCUGCUGUCGUCUACUGUUACAUAUCUGUGUUGUCUACAAAUUAUGGUGUACGGUCUAUUCUCGUUUGGGUAUCAAUUGGGUUGGCUUGGGUUCUGUCAAAGAUGAGAUUUGGGCUUGAAAGUACCUCAAUGGGACACUGCAUUCUUGCUGAUUUAAUCCCUAAUUACACUUAUGUGUGGCGGGAUCGAUUAGCUACUGCCCUGCAUAAACUGAAGGUUGGAAGGUCGGCAGAGCAAGUCCUACACCCAGUUUCCAAGACUAAUGGAAGUGUAGAUGAUAAAGAUGAGCUUCCAGUUAUUAAGGACAAGGAACCUGCAGUUAAAGAGUCUGAUGCUGAGCACCGGAAUGUAGGAAGGAAAAGAUCUGGGGUUGAGGAAAGUAGUGAUCUGCCUGGAGGUGAUGAUGUGUGUGGGAAGCGUUCCAGAUCAAUGCCUAGUGUUUCUGAGGAAUCAACGAAAGAGUCAAAUAGGAAUGUCAUUGUGUCUCAAGAUGGUAGUCGUUCAACUGGAUCUCCUAAUAAUAAAGCAGAUAGUGAUACAGGACCUGUACAGCAACUCGUUGCCAUGUUUGGUGCCUUGGUUGCUCAGGGUGAAAGGGCUAUUGGAUCUUUGGAGAUUCUUAUUUCUAGCAUCUCUGCUGACUUGCUGGCUGAAGUUGUCAUGGCUAAUAUGCAUUACCUUUCUCCUAACCGCCCUCUAGCUGAAGGAGAUGAAGAAUUGGUGUUGGACAUGAGUAUAGUUGGCAGCGAAUCGCAAGUCAAGUAUCCACCAUCCUUUUUAGCUGGUGUGCUCUCACUUUCUACUACUUUUCCCCCGAUAGCUUCGUUAAUAGAUUCUCAUCAGUCGGUUUCGGAUGAUUCAGUGAAAUCACGGGCCGAGGAGGAAUUGCAUACUAGUAAUGCUGAUGACACAACUUUUGGGGCUGAAGAUACAAUAUUGCCGCCUGAUUUACUCACAUCUUUUAAUGUUGUUUCCUCUGGGAUGGAGCUGGGUGAUUUGGCAAUUCCAUCUGAUAUCCAUGAGGAUCUGGGGAAUGAGAUACCUGGCUUGGAUUCCUCUGCUCAGCAGGAUGGGCUCUCAGAAACCCUGGUUACUACUUCAUCAGCCUUCACUGACACGGAGGAUGGUGGUCAAGAGCAGGCUAUGGUUUUGGGAGGAAAAUCAGCCGUAGAUGUGAUUGUUUCAGUAUCAACUGAUAGAUCUGAGGAAUUAAGUCCAAAAGGGGCUGCAGUGGAUUCCAACAGCCUGGUCUCAUCAACAGCAACUUCAGCAAGUUUGCCUUCUCCACUUGUCCUGCCCAAGAUAUUGGCACCUGUCAUUGAGCUUCCUGAGCAGCAGAAAGAUAAUUUGCAAAAAUUGACUUUCAUACACAUUAUAGAGGCACAGAAGCAAAUUACAGUAUCUGGAGCUUCACAAGUCCGGUUCUCUCUACUUGCUCACUUAGGAGUGGAGGUAGUAAUUCUGAUUAGUUGCAUUUAUAUCAUAUUUUUCUAG